AUGUCCUCUUUGCUUUUGUGGAUUUUCGUCACUCUGACGUCAUCAAAACACGUGAUUCCCUCUCUGCCAGAAUACACCCCUCACCACGCCUUCCACGCAGGACCAGUCCUUGGUUACCAUGGCAACACCAACGACCAAGCAUCCUAUUUGCACGGACGUCCUUCGGGAGGUCGAGCUAUUGGAAAGGUCAGAGUUCGCCGCCUGGCGUCCCGAUCUACGUCCAGAAAACAAGCGAGAUACAUGCAGAUCCCAAUUUAUCGUCCCGGAAUGCCUGGUAGUCGUUCUCCCGCCGCCAUCAACAUCAACACACUUCUACCAUACCGCCGGAACUACUUCGACAGCUUCUUAGCAUCCCAGUUUUGGAUCAGUCCCAACCCAACAGCAAUCAACCCCGUGGCCCCACCAAUCAGGGCUCGCUUCACUUCUCCACGGGCCAGCAAGCAUGUUGAGUCUCCGCCAAUCAUAUCACCCCUAGCAAACGCAAUUGACAAGGACCUACCAGUGAUGACGAAACAAAGCAGUAAGUGGGUGUGGCCUAACAGUGACGUCACGGGUCCCUUGAGUAGUUUUACAAUUAAUGUCAAUAAACUGUAG